CUUGAUCCCAACAACUUUCCAGUGUAGCGCUCCACAAUCAUCAAAAUAUGUUAAUAGAUAUUACCUGUCUGUUAUAAAAGUCAGAUCGCGAACGUAACGUAACCAAAAACCACAACAAACCCGUAUCGUGCGUGACCUUAUACCGAGUGUUCGGAUCUUAACCCUAGAAAACCGAUCCGCUUCCUGUGAAAACCCACUCGAAUUUUGUGUAGGAUUUCAGCGGUUAUCGCGCUUUUCAAUUUGCUGAUUUUCACACUAGACAAACCGUCUAGCCGGCUAAAACGAAAAUAGUAUAGGAAAACAAGUGAACGCGACAAAGAAACAAUACGACGUUCCUACUCCGACUUACUAUCCAAGCACGAUUCUAAUAAUAAGACACCUUAGUUUAAAUUGUACGCCAGCUCGACGAGCAUCUCGAGACGUUCGCCGGAGAUUUUGACGGACGCCACUGUGUUGAGUGCCGAAAUGAGCCCCCUGCUGCUGCUCUUGGUGGCGGUUUGCGUGGACGGCGCGCCGCUGGCCCGCAGUCCCCACGACCUGGAGGCCAUCGUCGAGCACUUUUUGGAAAACCUCUACGACAAGCUCCACGAUAAGGGGGGGCAGGACAUCUACGACCAAAUGCAAGGGGACCAACCGCCCGAUAACAACAUCAGCCCGGACCUGUCCAGGUUCCUCUCGGUCAAUUUUUCCGCCCCCACCAACAUGACCGACUACUUCCGCGCCACCAGGGACAGACACCGGGAAGUCGAUCUCGACGUCAGGGCCAGGGAUAAUUGGGUCCAAGCUCUUAAAGAAAACAUUCUUCUCCACAUAGGCCGCUCGAAUAUGACAACAUCCAUAAACGAAAACAACCCCAACGCGAUGAAUUUAACGAUGAUUCCGCAAUUAUUCAACAGCACACUUUUGGAUGAUGGCAUAAGUGAGAAGAUCCGAAGUUAUUACCCUUCAUGCGAUGCCCCUUCAAACAUGGACCAAGACACUUGGAAAAAUGAUAAUGUCAUGAAUUUGUAUUUCAACAACUUUCACCGCAGCGCUGACGAAAAAGGCAUGAGUAUAGCUACAGCAACUCUUCGAUUGUAUCGAGUACCAUCAGAGAAUACAACGAAAGUGACUGGUGGUAAAACUCCGGAUUGUGACAGCAGUAGCACUUCUGAAGAAGAUAAAUUACUAAGAGUGUCCAUUUAUUGGUAUAGCAGAUCUAUAAGGAAGAAAAAAGUCAGGAGGCGCCUUUCUGACAGCAAAGUCAUCCAGGAGAACGCAAAGUGGGUUGAAUUAAGUGUUAAACCAGCAACCCGAGAUUGGUCCAACGGAAGCAAUCUGAGUCUGGCCAUACUAGUGGAAGACCAAGACGGAAACGUUCUGAAGGCUGAUCGACUCUUCAAAGGAGCUUUGUGCAUGGUUGGCGCGUCCACUCCAAAACCCAUUCCCACCAUCAUCAAGGACGCUGCCCUCCAAUCAAACUCGCUUGACCAGCGAAUUAAUAGCCUACUUGGACGAAAUUCAACAGCGUCCCUAUCUGGUGACACAUCAAUGUUACCAACAAUAGACAUUUGUACCUUGGAUUUCCCCAAAAACCACCCACGGCCACGCAUCGCGAAUCUUCGGACAAACGCGUGCAAUUUGAAGAAAUCGCACGAACACGCACAGCUAUUGGCCGAACGAGACAAACUCGAACGCCUGGCGACUUUACCCGAGCUGCUUUCACCGCGACAUAUACGUCAUCAAAGACAACACCUCAAACUCAACGAUUUCGAUCCAAGAUCGAAGAUUGUUAAUAAGAGGAUAUUGACGAAGGAGGAGCUACAAGCACUUAAUAUCACGAUCGACAGAUAAUAAAGUCGGCUUCGGUGGCUUAACAAAAAGGAACAUGGAUAAGACUGUUAACUUUUUUUAGUAGUAGACUAUGUAAGUUAUUUUUAUUUAUGCGAGAUGUCAAGUGACACUUUCCGGAAGAAUGUAAAUAGUCACGUGAUUUAGUUGGCUUUUUUACGUAGAUUUCGUAUUGGUGCUACCUCAUUUUUAUUGUUAAGUUUUUUAUAUUGGCGCCAUUUAGACAAUAUGGCGUGGUUUAGGCGAAAUUUGUGUUAUUUUUAGUUGGACGUACUAUUUAUAUUUCUGUUUAUGUCUGUUUUCUGUUGUAUUGUUCUAAUUUUUUAUACGCUUAUUGUACUUAAUCCUUCAUCAGAUCUGUAAAUUUAUUACUCGUGGUUUCUAAUCUUUUGACACUCUCACAAUGUAUGUAAAUGUUGUAUGUUAAGUUAGUAUGUUGUAAAUAUGUAUAAACAUUA